AUGCCCGCGGCCACGCCCCCCGGCCCCGGGCCGGCGCCGAGCAACCCAACGCACUUCCUCCUUCGCGCGGCCCAGCCCUCCAUCGGCCACUCGCUGGUGGUAGGCGGCCCCCGGCGGGGGCCCCCGACCGAGGCGCCCACCGAGGGGUCCCCUCUGCCGGGGUCCCCGUCGGCUGACGACCUGCCAUUCACGGGCAACCGGUCGCCCAGCAUGCUGCUCGAGCCGUCGGACUCGCACCUGAGCCUGGUCGAGGCGCCGAUGGACUUCGACGAGGACCAGGUCCUUGCUCAGGAGCAGCACCAGGCACAGUCGCCCGCUCGGACGCCCACGCCCGGGUCGUCUCGACGGGCAAGCAGCGCGUCCGCCCCGUCGCCGGGUCCGCCCGGCAGCCCGGCCCCGGCGGCCCAGCCUGACCCGGUCCAAACCCUGGCCUCCCUGCGCCAUGGGUCGAUUUCCCUCGGCCCGGCGGACCUGCCGCCGGCCAUCGUCACCUACUAUGACCCCUUCGGCCACUGGCCCUUCAUUGCCAAGGAGCUGGAGAGCCAUGUCAGCUCGCUGCAAGUCCCGCUCGCCGUGCCGGACCCCUUCGGGUCGUCGGCCUCGGGGGCGGUGGUGCAGCCACUGCCGCGCGGACGCCCGGGCGCCGCCGGGGCCGCGGUUCCCCGCGCGCGCACCGGCCCCUUUGCUGGCCCGGGCUCCGGGCCCGGCGCCCUUUCCCAGUCGCCGGACAUCGAGCUGGUGGACCUGCCGCUGGUGGAUGGCAGUGAGGGCACGCCGGCCGCCGGGGCCAGGAUCCGACCGGUGUCCCCUUUGGCCGCCGAUCGUGAGCGUGAGCGUGACUGGCCCCCCUUGUCGCCGCUGCUGCAGCUGCCCUUCUCGCCGCUGCCAUGUCCCGUGGCACAGGUGGCCGGGUCGGCGGCCCGCGCGGCGGCCGCCGCCUCGACGCCAGCCGGGCCCGGCUCCGGUCCCACCUCCGCCUCCACCUCCACCUCGGGGCUCGGAUCGGCCAUGUCCCCUGGGCGGCGCCGUGCGGGGACCCUGCCAGCCCCGGGCGCCGGCGAUGCGGGCCCGUCGGCCUUCACGCGCCUGCCCACCGAGGGGGCCAGCCCGGGCGCCGAGUCGCUGCCCCUGGCGCCGGGGACCCCGGGGCCCGGGCCGGCCUCCAGUCCCGGGUCCUUGUCGCAGGAUUCCUUGCAUUCGCCCUCCGGGCAGAGUGCCGGCUCGGUGGCCUCCUCGCCGCCGGCCUCCCCGGGCCCGGGGGUCCUGCCCGGGGCCGAUGCCCCGGGGCCGGGCCCGGAAUCCGCGCCCCGUCGGCCGGCCGGCUCGCUCCUCGAUGCCGCCGAGCUCCGUCUCUUCGUGGACCCCCUGCCGGCGGAGUCGAUCAACAUGCGGCUCUUCGUGGAUACAGCCGCCCGGCGGGUGGUCGAGCAUGCCGGGUCCCUGCCGGUGGCUUUCGUCGAAAUUGACCAGUACAUCCAGCAGCAGGCGGCCGGCGCCGCCGGGCGCUCGGUCUGGUCGGUCACCAGCGAGCCGGUUCUGCAUCUCUUUGUCAUCGGCGCGCAGGACGACAUCAAGUACCAGGACCUGCGACUGAUCAUACGGAAUUGGUUCAACUUCCUCCAUCAGAACUUCCGCACCGGGCCGGCGGAGGUGCGCCGGGCUGCCGGUCCCAGCUCCCAGGCACCGCUCCUGCCCUGGCAGCAGUUCAACCCGGCAGCCGGGAUGACUUUGCCGGCGGACUUUGCCACCGGCGCCGGGGCCGGGCUCGAGUCCAAGCCCGGUGGCAGCGGCAGCAGCGGCGGCCAUUCCGGCACCAGCAGCCUGAGCGCCUCGAUGUCGGCCAUCGGCCUGUCGGGCUGGGGCAGCGGCAGCGGCGGCAGCGGCGACAAGUCGAGCGGCGACAAGUCGAGCGGCGCCCAGCCGGCGUCGGCGUCGGCCGCCGCCGCCGCCGCCGCCGCCGCCGCCGCCGCCGCCGCCGACCCCCCUGCUGCGGAGCUCCCGCAGCACCUGAUCGUCAUGGUCCGCUCGCACCGGGAGGACGUCAAUGCCCUGCGGGAAAGCCAGCGCGCGCCCGGGGCCGGCCUGACGCCAGGGCAUCUCCGGCGGCUGGACCCCCUGGCCUCGCCGGGGUUCGCCCCGCCCGACGAGGCGGCCGGCCCGCUGGGGUCCUCCUCGACGUCGCUCUUCUACUAUGCGGAUUCGCACCUGUCGCUGGACCUGGCGUCGGGGCCGGCCUCACCGGCCUCCGGGGCCCCGGGGCAUGGGGCUGCCGGGGCCCCGGGCGGCAUCCGCUCCUCCCUGUCCUUCUCGCUGAUGUCGCCCCUGUCCUCGGCCUUCCCCUCGCCGUCGCCGUCUCUGGGCCUGCUGGCCGGCGGGGCCAGCAAGUCCUCCAUGCCCUGGCUGCAGCUGAUCCCCUAUGACAAGCGCCUGCGCAUGGAGUUUUCCUCGCAGCGCCUGCUGAUGAUCCGGCCCGGGCGCCUGCCGGCCGUGUCCCAGGGCACUCGGGUGCUGCCCCUGUCGCACGCCGGCCAGGGCCUGGCCAGCCUGCUGCCCCUGUCGAUGCUCGAUGCGGAAGCCCCCGGGGCCGAUGGGCCCUCUCGUGGGCCCGCUUCGCCGGCUGCCGGUGACUCGGGCCCCCCGACGCAGCAGCAGCAGCAGCAGCAGGCGGACUCGGCCCCGGCAUCCCCCUCGCUGGCGCUCAGCGACCCGGAGAGCGGCCUGGCCAUGCUCUUCCAGCGGGUUGGCGAUGCCAUCGGUGCGUCGCUGAAUGCACGCAUCCGCCGGCUGGAGGCCCUGCGGCAGGAUGCCGGCCGCGAGUUCCUGGCCCUCCUGCGACAGGUGGACCGGGCCCGGUCACCGCCGGCUUCCGGCAGCCCCGGCGGCCAGGAAGCCCCCCCCCCGGCGGCGGCGGCCAUUCACCAAGUCCUGGUGCACUACUUCCGGCUGGUGGCCCUGUGCGAUGCGCUGGCCGGGGCGGUGCGGAUGUGCUCGCCGGAGCUGGCCCCGGCCGGGACCCAGGACAUUGUGGAGCUCCGUCGGAUCCAGGUGGCCGGGGCCGGGCGCUUCCGCUCGGCCAUCGACCUGUUCCUGCUCCUGGACGGGCCGGCGGUGCGUGCCACCUGCCGGGCCCUUUGGUACCAUGCGCUCGGGGUGUGGGCGCACCAGCUGGCCUGCGAUGCCCUGGGGCCCUGGCUGUCCGAGCGCCCGACGCACCUGUUCGCCAGCUCCUCCCAAGUGGACCUCUUCGCCGAGGAGUGGAAUGCCGGGCACCGGCACCUGCAGCUGAUCUAUGACCAGGCGGCGCUGGUGGACCGAGCGCUGGCGGACCGGGGUGCAUCCGAGCCGGCCGGCGACCUGCGCAUGUGCGCCAUCUUGCUGGUCUUCUCCCAAUCGGUGCACGCCCAGCGCCAGUGCCAAAUCCUCGGCAGCCUGCUUGCCCGGUUGACGCGGAUCAUCGGGCCGCGGCUGUACUCCAUGCGGGCGCCGCCCGGGCAUACCAUCCGCCGCGUGGAGGAACUCCCACGGACCCUGCUGGCCGACGUGGUGGCGCCCCUGCUGAAUACGGCCAUCGGCCAGGUGGUGAGCGACCACUCCGGCGUGCUGAUGGUCCGGGCGAUGUUGCUGCACAAUUUCGUCCGGUCGGCCCAAAUCCGCAGCACGCACUCCAGCGCCGACGGGGCGACCAGCGCGGAUCUGGCGGCCGAUCCGGCGGCCCUGUCGGCCGAGUACUUCGGCCCCUCGGACCUGGCCAUUCACUCGCUGAAGUCCGCGCGCCGGGCCCUGCGCAGCUUGCGCCGGUCGUUUGACAUCUCCCCGGACCAGGGCCGGCUGACUAUCUUCACCAACAGCCGGGACUUCGUCGAGCAGUCGCUCUUCAGCCAGCGCGACCAGCUGACGCGGCUCAUCCAGCGCUCGGUCUACUGGAUUGGCCAGCGGCACCAGUGGCUGUGCCCGCCGGUGCCGCCGGCCCACCCGCCCGGCACCCCCCCCGGGGAUGAUGACCUCCACAGCCCCUACCACACGCCCGGCGCGUCGGCCAUGCUCUUUGCCCGGAUGUCCGCCCCGCCGGGUCUGGCGCACAUGUCCCCGGCCGAGCGCGACAGCCACCUGGACUUCUUGGUGGCCUUCGAGUACUGGACGGCCCGGGCCAUUGUCACGGUUGCCGCGCGACAUGCAUCCUUCAGCGGCCUGUCCUUGGCGUCGAAUCUCACCUCCAGUGGCAUGGUGGCCCAGCUGAUGGAGCAGCUGGUGUCCUUCUUCCUCGCUUCGGGCCAGCUCUUCCGGGCAUUGGACUUGCUGCACACGCUGGCGGCGCACCACCUGACAGGGGCCCCGCUCGGCCUGACCUCCUUCACCCGGUCGCUGACCAUUAUCCAACCGGCCAAGGCCGAUGCGGUCCUCGAGGCCCAGUCGGCCGAUGUGCCGGCCGACGUGCUGGCCACCAUGCGGCGGACCCUCUUUGAUGGCCUGCUCGGGCGGGACUUCAGCAUGCAGCGGCCAGUGCGCCCGGCGCUGGCCCUGCGGGCACUCGGCCUGGCGGCCGCGGCCUGGGGCUCGGUGGCCGCUCUGCCGCACGUGUCCACCCACAGCAAGCAAGCCUGCCUGGAGAUGCAGGUGCAGCUGGGGCUGCUGUGUGCGCGGCUGGUGGCCGCGGUCUCUCGCAGCCCGGCCCUCAGCCGGGUGUCCCGCGCGUGGCUGGAGGACGCGGUGCGCGCGGCCCUGGCAUAUAGCUCGCUGUCGGCCGGCCCGGGCGCGGCCCUGACGCACCCGGUGUCCUCGCUCUUCGGGCUGGCGGUGGAUGCCCGGCCGAAGAACAUCAUCUUCCUGCCGCCGGUGGCCAGCCCCAUGUCCGCGGCCGGGCCCGAGUCGGCGCCCGAGGCCGUUUCCCUGCCCCCAAGCCCCGGGUGUCUGGUGAACUUCAGCCUGCAGGCCCUACCGGCGGAGGAGUCCCCCUUGGAGGCGGCUCUCCGCCCGGCCGCCGGGCAGCACCUGCCGGCGGACUUGGGCCUGCUGCGUGCGCGGCCGGUGGGCCGCCUGGCAGCCGGGGCUGCUGGCGCCGCUGCCCGGGCGGGCGAUGUCGGGCUGCUGGUGCGCGUGUGCGCGCCGCAGCUCGACGGCGCGGUGGACCUGUCAGGCGCCCGGGUGCGCAUUGGCUUCCACAGCGUCGAGUCGACCCAGCUGAAGCUGGAGUCCCUGUCGCCGUAUCUCGGGCCGGUGUUCGGGCAGAUGGCCCCCCUGGCGGCUGGGUCGCUGUCGGGGGCCCUGAUCCGGGCGGACCAGGCUCCGGCCGCCUGGGGCGUGGCCCCGGCUCCCGGGGAGUUUGUCGCGCUGGUUUCAUGCUCGCCCGAGGUCCUCGGCACCGGCCGGGCCAUUCGCUUCAUUGCUCUCGAAUUGGCGGCGGCGGAUCACCACUCCGGCGCGGCCUUCCUCCAAUUGGAGGCCACCAUCCCCUACCGGUCCACCAAGCACGGCGCCCACUUCGAGCCGCAGCGCAUCCUGGCGCCGGGGUCGGCGGACGCCGGGGCCGCCUGCCAGCCUGCCGGGCCCCAGCGCAUCACCCUGGCCGUGGUCGAUCCGUCGGAAGUGCCCGGGCAGCUGGGGUUCCCCGGCGGCCGGGCCACCGACGACGCCGUGUGGCUGGCCGCGCGCAUCCGCCGGACCGACUCGCCCUUCGACAUGAUCCGGCUGGCAUUGCCGCCGGUGUGCGAUGGCCACUGCCUGGCCGGGGCUGACCCCCGCCCGGGCGAGCACCAUGGCGAUUGCCCGGAUCGCCAAGGCCCGGCCUUCGAGCCGGGCGCCUGGGUGCGGUUCUUCUCCGGCCGGUCGGCCGAGCUGCCCUCUGCCAGCGGGGGCCCGUCGGCCAGCGUGGCCGGCGAUGCGGCCGCCCGGGUGGACCACACCCCGAUCACACUCGAUGUGUUGAAGAACAGCGCCGGGCGCAUUGCCCUCACCCGGCCCGGGGCUCUGCUCGCCGGGGGCAGCGAGUGCGACCGGCUGGACCUCUUCGUGCGGGUUGCCCUGCCCGCUCGGGACCCCCGCCGGGCGGAUGUUCGCCGACGCCUGGCCGAGGCUCGGCCGGCGCCCGGGGCCGGGGCCGGGGCCGGCCGCCCGGCCCCGCGGCUGACCGCCUUCGCGGUGCUCGACAGUGUCGACGGCGCCGGGCCCGGGGCCGAGCCGGCUCCCCUGUCGGCUGCGGUGGCUGCCUGCCCGGUCCCGGCGCGGGUGCUGCCUUUGCUCCGCUGCCCGGAGGUCCGGAUCCACUAUCAGCCCAAGCACCGGCUUCUGGCUGUGGCCACCCUCCAGGCUCCGCUCGGCAAGUGCUGCCCCUCGCUGGCCGGGGUGUUUGUGUCGUCCUGCGGCCUGCGGGUGCCCUGGCGUGACGAUUUGGUGGCCGGCGCCCCGGGCACCGGCCCCACCCCCGGGGCCCUGGCGCACUGGCCCCUGGCCGCGCCCGAGGGCGGCUUCUUCCUGGCGGCGGGCAUGUCGCGCGCCCUGCUCUUCGACCUGCCUGUCUCCGACCAGCACCCCUUCCUGGUGCUGGCGGCCUACUUCAAGAAGGUAUACAUCGAGGAUGGCACCGCCUGCCGGCACUGUCGGGCCUCCGGCGGCCUGCGAGUAGCCGGCUCCAUGCGGGCCUCGCCGGCCGAGGAGGCCGCCCUGCUCGCGGCGCGGCCGACCGAUGCCGCCCCUUCCGACGCCUGGCUCCUCUCGCGCAGCCUCAUCCAGCUCCCGGUCAUCACCAUUCAGGCAACCGCCACAUGGUGUGCGACCGAGCAGCCGGGACCCAUGCCCUCGGGCAACUGCCUGGCCGCUGGGGGCCUCGGCAGCAGCCUGCCGCUGUAUUGCCAGCUGGACUUGCGCUUCUUCGACACCCCCCCCCGGCCCGGGCCCUGGCGCCUGCUGCUGACCCUCCACUCGCCGGAUCUCACCUUGUGUGGCCCGGUGCAGCAGGUCAUCAGCGUUCCGCCAGGCGCCGGGGCCGCCGACGGCCCGGCCUGGCGGACCACCAUCUCGCUGGAGGUGCUCAAUAUGGCGGCCCUCAUCACGGCCCACCCCAAGCCCAGCACCCACUCGCUGCCGGAGAUCCGCCUCAUUCCCCUGGGCCCGGAGGACAACGUGGUCACCGGCCGCAGUGCGGCCCUCCACUGUGCGGCCCUCCGCCAUCCUCACAACCCGGAGAUCACCGGUGCCACUGGGGCCCCGGCGGCGGCGGCCGCCGCCGCCGCCGCGGCCGCCGGUCGUGCCGGCCGGCGCGCUUGGAAGGGUGCCGCCGCCGGGGGCACGGCGGCCGGGCCGGCGGCCCCCUCGGGCCCCGGCGAAUUUGGGCUGGUGCAGCCGCUCGAUUGCUCGGUGGCUUUGCGCGUCGUCAACUCGCACAUGACCGUGUCCUUCAGUUAA